AGACACUGAAAAUGGAGUGAGAAUUGUGAGCAAAAGGUGAUACACAGCGAUUGGAGCGAAGUCAGUUCCUAACGAUCCUAACGAUCACCAAUUAUGAUGAAGGCUCACAACAAAAAUCGCAAACACCCGACCUGUUCCCGGUGCAGAUUUCACGGCAAGAAAGACAUCCGAGUACUGCAGCAUCAAUGUCCAUUUCGUAACUGUACAUGUUCCAGUUGCUUUCUAAUUAAGAGGCGUUCAAUCAUAUAUAGGGCUCAGAAGAACUUAGACAAAACCGAAGAUACUUCGAAUGGCGCCGAAUCACCCGUAGGGUCAGGCGACGGAUCCAUUAUUUCCAAUAGUUUUAAUGAUAUAACUACCAAAAGUGGUGCCAAUUGUUCGAUCAGUAGAUCAUCUGAUAGUUCUUCUGAUGCAACCAACUAUGGAACCGCUGGUGUGUCAUCAGAAAUAGCAAGUAUUAGUUCUGGUGGACAGCCGUGGAAGUCAUCAGAACACAUGGGACAGCACUCGGGAACAGCUGCCACUCCUCCCUCUUUCAUAAAAAGUUCAGAUCAUUAUAAGAUCAGUGAUUUCCAGAGUCUUUGCCUCACAUUCCCUGAACUGACGGCAACACAACUGCAAUCGAUUUUCGAACAGUGCGGUAAUGACUUCCAGAGGACCAUCGACAGGGUUCUCAUGAAUAAAUGGUGUCAAUCAGACAUCGACUCCAGUCAUACCAGUCAUCCGAAGCCUAGUCUGCAAUCACACAACAACAACGACUGGUCGACCACUUGUACAUCAUCUUCAAUAUGCGGAGACUAUGCAUCAAAUACCACUCCAUUCACCCGAUCCACUCUACCCUCCCUUAUGGCUGCAGACUCCAUGUCCACUCAUUUCUAUAAUAACUCUAAUAAUAGCGAACAGUGCUAUGACUGGCGGUCUAACUCAAGCACCGGCGCUCUCAACGAUGACUUGUCUAAUAGUGACUAUGGGAACGACUAUUACUACGACCAGUCAUCACUGUCUUGUGCUGUGAUGUCAACACAGGGUAAUAAUCAUCAGGCUAUCAGUGCCGGUGGCAGUGCCAGUGCCAGUGCCAGUGCCAACUGGAACUACGAUUAUACCGGUUACUGGUAUAACAAUCUACAGGGUAAUAAUGGUAGUAAUGGCAGUAAUGGCAACAGUCAAGCAUAUGAGAUGAGCACCGGUUCUCACACACCAGAAGACAUGGGAUGGCCUACUGGACAGAACGGUCCACCACUUGCCUUAGGACAAGCGAUGCAUGAAUACAACAUAUAAUGGAUAUAAGGGUCUAAUGCUAUCUAAUCAUAUGUUCACCAAUUGUUGUGAUGAUGUAUAACCUGAAGACUGUCUUAAUGUUUAUCAUAUGUUUCAUAUCCGACACAAUUGACAAAUAUAUAUAAAUACGCUAUAAGUUUAUAUAAUAUAUUUCAAACAUUUAUCAAUUCAUUUUGAACUCAAUUAUAAUUUGAUUAACGGC